CGCCAAAAUGCCUGUGUCUAGUGUAAUCUCAAAAGCUACUCAAGUGAUUUGAAUAAUUUCUUCUCCGUUGGAAAGAACAUUUCCUCAAAAUAGUCACGGAGCGAAAGUGACGGAUAUUUGGGGUGUCUACCGUGACCUUGACUAUCCACCGAGCAAAUGUAAUCUGAUAAACACGUGCCUUACAUGUUAACCUUUUUUUUAUAACAUUACUUGAAGAUUGUGGAAUACGAUGACUUUCCAUGUAGAUUUUUCACGACUAGAGACGACUCAGUUUUCGGACGGUUUUUCCUAGUCAAUUUUGAAAUCAGUUUAUAUGAUCAUAUUACUGACGAUAGAGCUAGCACCUACACCCCGAAUUCUCAUAGUUCCCGCCGAUCAGCCUUUCACGUUCGAAUUAUUGUAGGAUCCAGCUGAUCUUUCUCUCGCAAUAAUUAUCAACAAAUGAUCCGGAAGUUCACAAAAUCGAUAUAUAUUAAUUCCUACUGGGAAUAAAAGUAAAAUUGUAGUUUACGCAGAGGCAUUACAAGAUCAAGAAAAUAAUUGAAAAAGAUGUCAGCUUUCUACCUGGACGGGUCCAUAGUGAAUACAAUCCACUGUUUGUAUGAGGGCAUUCUACGUUGAAUCAGUGUAAAACACGAAGGAUAGGCAGUACUCCUGCGUUAGCUACGAUUCUACUAAGAACACUCGAGUAUCUUAGGCGUUGCGUUACUAAACCGUCGAGGCCCUCUAGCCAGUGACGCAGAAGGCAUAAUUUGCGAUACCAUCAAGUGUUCGCUAUCUUCUCCUGGGUCCACGGAUGUCGGAAUUCAGCGUUACGAGCUUUUGAAACCUCGCGUUUUCUUACAUAAGUAUAGAAUCCGAAAAUUGAGACGAGCGUUCGAACCCUCGCGUAUCUUUGCAUUAAAAAAUAUAGAAUAAGAUUUCUUCCGAAUUCUUAUUUGUCAAUAGGAGGACGCCUACAACAUAAAAUGAGAUAGAACCUAGAAUAUAAUAUAUCAGAUGCUUUGGAUCUUUUGAUAUGUACGCUUUGAAGACAUAGCUGUUAACCGAAUGCACAUAGAAGAUAGAAAAUAGAAAACGAUUAAAUCUCUUCGUAUGAAAUCGCACCUCUCGUACAGUGGUGAGUUUUCUAUUAUUCGUCCUGCUUUAUUUUUGAAUUGCUGCAGUAGUAUUUGAAUUGCGUGUUUUCUACACGCGUAUCCAUUCAAAAGAAACGAGGAUAUCACCCCGCAGAAAGGUAUAGCUGUGCGAGAUCAGUCAGAGCAUCAUUCCGACACUCUUUGGAGAAACAUGAAGAGGCUAUGUUGCAGAAUAAUUGAUCAAGAUUGAGUAUUCAGGAGAUCGCUAGCAAACAAGCAUUCGUCUCCUUACUUUGCGUUUGAUCAGUGCACUCUCUUACGUUUGGCGUUCAAUCCACAGAAUUGUUCAGAAUAGGAUACAACUCAUCAAUUUGGACGAUACCGAAACAUUUCAUCAAAGCAAACAUUCUGGACAACUUUUUACUGCAUCUACAUACACCGGUCACUCGACAUUAGUUUUUAAGGUUGAUAAGGGAAACCGGAGAUGUACAAAAUGGAUGUCAUAAACAAUAUUCUCGGAGGAUUCCAAUCAGAAACGAUCGCAUCGGUGCUUUCGGCGCUCUUAAGCGUGUCGUUAUAUGUCAUGUACUCGGUUGUUAAUUACUCCACGACGAAUGUUCCUUCUAAGUCAUUAAUGCCGUCUUACGAUUUCAUAGUUGUAGGUGGUGGUUCUGCGGGAGCUGUCUUGGCGAGUCGUUUGUCCGAGAUAGAAGACUGGAACGUACUCCUCUUGGAAGCAGGUGGCGAUGGAAGCAUUCUAUAUGAUAUUCCUCUUCUUGCCGCCAGUCUGCAGCUCACCGAGAUCGAUUGGAAAUACAAGACAGAACCUAAAGAAAAUUAUUGUAGAGCGAUGGAGGAAGGUCGUUGCCGGUGGCCACGAGGCAAAGUGAUCGGAGGCAGCAGCACGAUAAAUUACAUGCUCUAUGUUCGUGGUAACAAAAAAGAUUACGACAUCUGGGAACAACUAGGCAAUCCAGGAUGGUCCUACAAGGACGUCCUCAGUUAUUUCAAAAAAUCGGAAGACAAUCAAAAUCAGAUAUACACCAAGACUCCGUAUCAUUCGAGAGGGGGUUACCUAACAGUCGAAGAAUCACAUUGGCACACACCACUGGCCGAUGCGUUCCUUCAAGCAGGACGAGAAAUGGGUUACGAGAAUAGAGACAUUAAUGGCGAACGGCAGACUGGCUUUAUGUUUCCUCAGGGGACCAUUAGACAUGGAAGCCGGUGCUCCACGGGGAAGGCCUUCCUGCGGCCAGCCAGCGCACGUAAGAAUUUACACGUCGCUAUGCAAGCACAUGUUACGAAAAUUUUAAUAGAUCCGUUGUCAAAGAGGGCUUACGGUGUAGAGUUCCUUAGGGACGGAAAGACGAUGCGCGUUCGUGCCAACAAGGAGGUGAUAGUUUCCGCAGGAACUAUCAACAGUCCUCAAUUACUGAUGUUGUCCGGAAUAGGGCCUGGAGAACACUUAGCGGAACACGGGAUACCAGUGAUUCAGAAUUUAAGUGUGGGGCAUAAUCUUCAAGACCAUACAAUUGUGGAAGGCAUUGCGUUCUUGCUGAAUGAAGAAGUAUCGUUGGUAGAGAGCAGAUUGUAUAAUAUUCGAUAUAUUCUAGAAUACGCCUUAUUCGAAACCGGUCCAUUAACUGUCUUAGGAGGUGUCGAAGGACUAGCUUUUAUCAAUACCAAAUACGCGAAUGCCUCCGACGAUUUCCCAGACAUACAACUGCAUUUUGUGUCAUUGGCUGGGAACACCGACGGCGGCAGAAUUCUUAGAAAGGUGUACGGUCUGAAUAAAGAACACUACUAUCCUCUAUAUGGGGAGUAUCUUAAUAAGGACGCAUGGACCGCGGUUCCCACACUUAUAAGGCCGAAAAGUAGAGGGGUUAUCAAGCUUCGAAGCAACAAUCCCUUCGAUCAUCCGCUAAUUUACCCCAACUACUUGGAAAACCCGGAAGAUGUGGCGACAAUGGUAGAAGGAAUUAAGUUUAUAGUCAAGAUGAGUAAAACUGCACCAUUUAGACGUUAUGAAAGCAAAAUUUUAUCGAUACAAUUUCCUGGCUGCAAGAAUAUUCCUAUGAAUAGCGAUCCAUACUGGGAGUGCGUGAUCAGAUUCCGUUCCACGACUCUAUAUCAUCCAGUGGGUACUUGCAAGAUGGGGCCUAAUUCGGAUUCAACAGCUGUAGUAGACCCCCGGCUUCGAGUUUACGGAGUCACCGGACUUCGAGUCAUAGACGGCUCGAUUAUGCCAAACAUAGUCAGUGGUAAUACCAAUGCCCCGAUUAUUAUGAUCGCAGAGAAAGGUGCCGAUAUGAUAAAAGAGGAAUGGUUCAAGAAACGGAAUUUACAGUGAAUAAUUUUUUUGUAAUAUUUUAAAUAAGAGAACAGUUUUUGCAAAUUAAUUUACAGUGAAUGCUAUUGUUUAUUAUAUAAUAGAAACGUAUAAUUAUGAACUCGAAAUAUAUUUUCAUCAUAUAUUGCGAAUAGCGAAACUCGAGUCAGAAUAUAGUCUUGCUUAAUCAAAUGAAUACCAGGUAAAUUAAGUUUUAACAAGUACAAAUUAGUCCGGUAGAAUUCUGUUUAUCCGAUCUUAUCGAGGAACAAACAGUUAGUAAAGUAGCGGUUCAACAAAUUUUCCUGUUACGUUCCUUUGAUGUUGAUAUAUUGCAUUGCAAUUGAAACGUAUAGUAUGAGUAAAGCAUAGCGUCGAUGAAGAAAAAUUGUUACAGACGUUGAGUACUAUAUUUUAUAAUUUCUUUCCUUCAUCCUGUGGAUAUGGUUUGUACAUACACAUUUGACAGAAUGCAGUUUGUAGUAAUGCAAUUUGUAGUAAUGAAUUUACAAUAUCUGUAUGUAUGUUUAUUAUAUUGGUACAAACAAAAAAAAUCGAAUCAUCCUGUCUACUUUUAUAAAUAAUAAAUUACAGAAUGCUCUAGAAUAAAAUUAGAUAUGUACAAGAAUCGAAUUAUUAUUUACUACAAUUCGAUUUAUGGUCAACUCUUACAUACAUUAAACUUAUGGCUGAUGAACGCAAAAUGCUGACUCCAGAGAUUAUUGGUUCUUUUUGACACCUGCAUACAGACAGUUGGGCCAUAGAGGUUACAAAAUUUCGGCAAUUCAACUAGUCGAAAAUGAAAAAUGAGGAAAUUACAUUGAAAACUUUGUUCAUCGAUUAUUAGGGCAUGUACACACUGUUGUCGAUCAUACGCCUGCAACCGGCAACCAUUGAAUCAUUACUGUAAUUGAGCCAAUACGCACUUGGUUUCGGCGAACAACGAAACGCACUGAAUCAAAUGGAAAUGUUGACAGAAUAGAUAAUUUUCCUGCAGACCAGAUAUGGUUUAGCAUUAAUAUUAGUUGCUCGCUAAUCAACGAGAUAGACAUUUCUUUACGCCCCUAAAUAUACAUGUCAUAAGAAGUAUACAUUUUGCGCCAGUUCGAGCACACGGCUGAACAGAUGAAUGACAUGGCGCGCGACAGAACUUCUUCCUUACUAUGGCUCGCGCGAUCGGCAGAUAGCAUAUAGGCCAAGAGGUUAAUUGGAAAAACAGAGAAAGACGUAUGAUCGCAGCGAUAUCGCGCGGACAAAAGUUGCUCGUAUACAACGAACUCAACAUAAUAUAAAAUUAACCAUGCAAAGCAAAAACAGAAACGAUUAAUUUAUUGCGAGAUUAUGCAAAGGACUGUAGGAUUACAUACAGCGAAACAGAGUGUCUAAAGAUAUCAUGGUACGAAAAUUAAUAUUUUAUUAAAAAAUUUUGGCGUCUCCCAGGUUGGAAAGUAACGUAAUGCUGCUUAGUCCUGCUUAGUCAUUUCAGUCUUCAAGAUGGCUAAGAUAAAUUCGGAAAGACUGAAAUACAUUUACAACAUCUUGUUUAUUAAUUUUCCAUUUAAAUCUAUCACAAAUGUAACAUACUUGAUGUCAUAAUUAAUAUGUGAGUCUUGAUUGCUAGUGUAUAAAGUAGUAAGCGAAUUUAAGAAAUUUAAGGAGUUAAAAAAUGGCUCAUUAAAUGCGAGUUUUUUAAUUAUACUUUGAAAGUUUCUGCUGCACUAUUUCUUAACUUGAUGAUAAUAUGUGUGACAUGAGCACCAAUAUAAAUUAUAUUUUACAUAUUAAUUUUUAAUAUUAUAUUAUAUUAUAUUUUCAAUCAUAACAGUAAACUCUACACUUAUACAUAACAGUCAACUCUAUGGCAUUCCAUUAACAAACAAUGAAUUAAAAUUUGGCAACUCUGGAACAAUGUGCUAAAGCGUGUAAAUAUCUGUAACACAAAAUCUAAAAAUGCUAAAUAUGCUUCUGUAUAUAAACAGUAUUUAAACAAUUUAAGAUUAUAUUCAAUGUCAUUGACAGUGACGGAUUGAACUUCAUCUGCAACAACUUCCACAACAAAUAUUCCACAUAAUGUUCACUAUUUUCUUAAUAUUCAUUUGAUGCAUUCGGCGAAUGCUAGCCAACUUGUUCUCGAUGAUUGAACUGCUUUUUGUCCAGCCAUGCCCAUCCAUUUUUCAGCUUCUUCGGGAACCUGUUACUUCUUUUCACUUCUUGAAAAGUAUGGAACAUUUCUUAAGCAAUUUCAGGCUCGAUGCAGCGACGAUUUGUAUCGCGAGAAUAUUUUUCAAGUGCAUCAGUCAUAUGUAUAUGUGUAUAUUGAAUUACACAUGUUGAGGUUAACUGAUAGAGGAACGAGUGGAUUGUAAUAGAAAAAUAUAUUGAAAUAAGUAUAGUAUAAGUGUAAGUGUAAGUAUAAGUCCGACGCUACCGCGGUUAAUUUGAGCGCUCCAAUUUUCACAUACUGAUCCGCUCGCAUUAAAGUUAUAAGGUGGAUAGGACAUGAUAGGCACCAAAGAAACACUCGGAGAUGUUUAAACAGUAUAUUUAUUAGCAAUGCUCGCUUUCGACACUUUACGUAGAGCUCGCGAUUACAAUUGACGAUUCGCGCUUCUCGGUUACAACUCAAAUAAUACCGAUCGAGUUAAGAUAGCGAUUGAGCAGAGUGCGUGCUAUAAGUUAAGAUGAUGACUGCUCAAGAUACGUCGAGGAACUGUGUUUUCUGUGACGAUGAUGUGAUGGGUGUAUCUAAGGAUACGAGAUCAUUGGAUUCGUUAAGGAAAGUUUUCCUUAGGAAAGUGAGGGAAAUGGACGUCACUGUUAUUUGGUUAAUCUACUAGGUUGGUAGGUAAGGAAGGAUGCUAACCGCCCUCGAAUAAGUUGCUAGCAAACAUCACAUACAUAGUCAAAUUAAUCAGGAACACGUUCAAGCAACCAUCGUUACAAUACAAACUAACAGCAAUUACUUCCAGAUGUCAGCAGUAUAUGCACCACUGCAACACAAAAUGAUAUUACAAAAAUUUGAAGAGUAUUUUCAAUCCUUAGGUGACAAAUAUAUUGCACCGGGAGAUUUCAAUGCAAAUCACAUGCUAUGGGGCUCAAAAAUUAACAUAUAUUGAGGUAGAACACUAAAAAUAUAUUAGAACUAGUAAUCUCAAACAAAUUAAAAAUAACACCCAGCCUUAAGCUUAGUUGAUCAUACACUGAUAUUAAUAGAAUACACAAGUAAACCAAUACUUUACAGUAAUCCAGAGUCGCUUUGCAAUAAAACCAACAAAUGGCAAACAUUUAAAGAACUAAUUGAGAGUAAAAUCAACUGCAGCAUUGCACUAAAAACAACCGAACACAUUGAACAGGCAUUAACAUUGACAGAAAUUAUACAAGAAACAACAUGAGCAACUACUAAUUAUAAACCAAACCACAGAGACACUCUCUGCGCAUGAGAAUGCCAACUACACUCUAUGGAAAGCCACGAACAAAAUAGAGGAACCAAUAAAACUAAUCCCAGCAAUCAGAAAAACACAGAACACAUGAGCCAAAAGCAACGAAGAGCAAGCCGAAAAAUUUUCCAACCAUCUUUGUAACACAUUUACUCCACGUAAUAGUAACAACAGUAAAACGGAAUGUCAUUCAGACGAAGAUGCGUAAAAUACUAGUAUUCCAACUAACAAACAUUACACCAUACCAAAUACAACACCAUAAGAAAUUAGAAUCAUAAUCGAGAAAACAAAAAACAGUAAAGCACCAGGAAUCCUAAUCAAUGGUAAAGUCUUGAAAAUCCUUCCCCGAAAACAAUACGUUUAAUCACAAUAAUAUUCAAUACAAUUUUAAAAAUCCAAUACUUUUCUAAUCUAUGGAGGCUAGCACAGAUCAUAAUGUUACCUAAGCCAGGUAAAGGCCCACACCAAACUGCAUCUUACAGACCAAUAUCACGACUUCCUAUGUUUUGCAAAAUUCUAGAGAAAAUAAUAUACGAUCGCCAAAAACCAACAAUAAAGAAAGAAAUUAUUAUAUUAUUGUAACAAUAAAGAAAGAAGAAUUAAUGCCAGAUCACCAAUUUGGAUUCAGAAACAAACACUCCACGAAAGAGCAAAUGCACAGGCUCGUCAACGAAAUUUUACUAGCAAUAAAAAAGAAACAAUACUGUACAGGACAUUGAGAUUGCACUUCAUGGACAUUGAAAAAGCAUUUGACAAAGUGAACCAUGAAAGUCCCCUACAAACAAUCAAAAAACACUUCCCGGAACAAAUCCACCACUUAUUCAAAUCAUAUCUAAGCAACAGAACCUUUGUAGUAAAAGUAAAGGAUGUAUAUUCUGAAGUAAAAGAUAUCAAGGCAGUGGUAUCGCAAGGAAGCGUCUUAGGACCAAUAUUACAUACACUAUACAUGACCGACAUACCAAUUACCAACAGCAAAAUAGUGACAUUCGCGGACGACAUGGCUGUACUUGUCAGGUACAUCAAUCUAGAAACAGCAGUUACAUUAUUACAAGAGCAUAUUACAAAAAUAGAAAAAUGGCUACAAGAUAAAUAAAUAAAAGCAAACACUAAGGUAAGUUAAAUACCUAGAACUACACUUAGACACACAACUGAUAUGGAAACAGCAUACUAAAUCAAUUAUAGACAAAAUACGAAUAAAAGGAAGACAGAUGUACUGGCCGACUAGUCGAAACUAGAAAAUAAACAAAGCAUAGAAUAUAAACCAAAAAUCUACAAAACGAUAAUAAAAUCAAUAUGGACGUACGAAAAUAAACUAGAGUCGCUACAAUCGAAGAUACUGAGAACAAUAGUCAACGCGCCAUGUCAGAAACAAGGAUAUACACAAAGACUUAAAAAUACCAACGAUCAAAAAAGAAAUCGGCAGAUACGCAGAAAAAUACAAGGAAAGAACGGCAACACAUCCAAACCAGUUGGUUGCCGAAGCGAGCAAAACUCCCAUAGAAAGAAGACUAAAGAGAAAGCACCCCACUAACCUCACUAAUGAAAUAAAAUAGUCAAACUCGAAGAUGGUAUCCCGCUGGAGGUUCCGUCUGGUAUUUCCAAUCGAUCUCGGUGAGCUGCAGACCGGCGGCAAGAAGAGGAAUAUCAUAUAGAAUGCUUCCAUCGCUACCUGCUUCCAAGAGGAGUACGUUCCAGUUUUCUAUCUCGGACAACCGACUCGCUACCACAGCUCCUAUAAUCAUGAAAGGCGAAAUUUCGUCGUCGAUAUAUACAACAACAUGCUAGAGCGGCUAAAGGAAAGAUGCAUUGGUUAGUCAUUGAUUAGUUAUGCAUUGGUCGAGAUGUGUGUAUUAUUAGAUUUGUGUGCUACUUUAUUAUAUGGAUAAUAAAGCGCUUUUUCUCGCGCGCAACACACAAGUACGCGCUUCUUUCUCAUAUUUUUAUUUCAUUUAUGAUGUAAUUUUCUAUUGAUAUCAUGAAAGAAGGUACCUGCAGAACCACUGCCUAUGACUAUGAAAUCGUAAGAUGGCAAUAGUGAUUUGGAAGGAAGAUUCUUCGAGGAAUAAUUAACAAUCGAAUAUAUGGAGUAUAGCAAUAUGCUUAUGACAAUGGAAAUUAUCGAUCUGGCUGUUUGUGAUCGCAUUCCUCCCAGAAUAUUGCGGUUGACAUCCAUUAUAUACAUCUCCGAUCUUCUUUAUCAAACUGUAACAUUAAGAUAUGAUAGGUUACCAAUUAUCUUUGAUAAACUUCUACCUGUGCCCACUUGCGGCAAUUUCGCGAGUUUUCCCAUUGACCAUAGCACACAAUAAAUCCUUUUCAAAUGCGUAACAACAUAUACUGCUAUGUUUGGGAAGCUGCUAAGUUCUCGCGCAUAAUGUUAUUAGUACUAGAAAGGUUAGAAUUUCUUAGACUUAUAAACGUAUCAAGAUAUAAAUGUGUAAAGCUAUAAAUAAUUAAAAGAGACAAAACAUAAAGAGAAAUAGAAUUUUAUAUGUAAUAAAAGAUAUCUAUGCGUAGCAAACAAUUAGUAAUAUGCACAUUUGGGUGAUGUUAGCGCAUCUUUACAUUAGUAUCUAUAGGAUAUAUAUAAGAAAAAUAUAUCGAGACGAUUUCGAUUCAGUUUAUAUUUAGUUCUUUAAAGAAUUGUUCCUGCCAAAUUGAUCCUCUUCCUCUUAGAGAAAAAAUCAUGACUUUCAUAAGUAAAAAUGUACUAUAACGGUGCGAAGGCAGUAAAUGUAUCGAAGAAACUCGUUGGACAGCAUCCAUAUGAAACAUGCUAAGUAUUCAGUAAUCUCGAACAUAUUGACACGUAAACCUUCAUCUGGUUAUUUGCUGACAUCUGGUUGUUACAUUGUCAAUUUACUUUUCUCCAACACAUAGUAGCAGAAUAAAUAUUCUUUUAUGGUAAUUAGUUCAUAAAAGAUACGCAUCACCGAUUUGAAUAACAUUGAAACACAGUUUUAAGCUGGACAUUUUGAGCAAUAUUUUCCUAUACCUGUAGACGCCACUUGGCCUUGGUUUCCAAGGCACUGGCAAAAAAUAUUUAAUUACAUUUAAGUUACGAUCAAACUUUGUCCUGGAACAGACGACCACAUUUUCAUAUAGACAGAACUCACUAAGAGCGUGGCGCUGUUUGGAGCAGAGAUAUGGAGUUGGAACAUGGAAGAAAGGCUAGAUAGGAUAAAAAGAGGGUAUGUGAAAUAGAUCUUAGGUUUAGAUAGAUACAACACCAAACUACAUACUGACAGAAGAGUGCAAGCUAGAAGAAAUUAAGGAAAAAGCAUUAAAAAGAGCAGCAAGGUACGAGGAGAGAACUCUAGAAUCGGAAAAGGAGCUGGUAAAAGAGUGCAUAAAGGAAAGAGAGAGAAACUGGAGAAAUGGCCAGGAAGGGAAAAGAGCAAGAAAGAGAAAGAAGGGACUGGAAGAGGUGAGAAAUGGGGGGACACAGAUGGAAGCAAGAGAAGAGCAGGAAAGGAUGACGGCAGACCAAAUUAUAGAAGAAAGAAGGAAGAGAGAAACAGAUACUACAGAAACAUAACCAAAGAUGAGAUGCCAAAGUACUUGGAAGGGAGGAUGAAGUGGAAGGACAGGAAAAUUAUAGGCAGAUUCAAGUGUGGAAACGAGAUCAAAGCGAAGGAACACUGGAAAGAGGAGGAAGAAAAAAGGUGCAGAUUAUGUGGAAAGGAAGAAGAGGACCUGAGACAUGUAAUAGAAGAAUGUGAAAUAAUGGGAGGACCAAAAGACAUGGAAAAACACUGAAUGAGAAUGGAGAAGGACUAGCAGAAUUAAAAGCAAUAAUAGAGAAGAGAAGGGCAAGGGCAAUACAAAACGGGGAGGAAGGACAAGAAGGUAGCACAGCAAGGAGAUAAAAGAUCAAAGGACAAUCAUGUGUAGUCAUAAGUUGCAAUAGCUUGUAGUCAUUACUUUUAGCGGCUAGAGAUAAAAAUAUGCUAAGGAGUGCAAUACAAUAAAUGUAAGAAAUGUAAUCCGAAAGUUCGUCCAAAGCCGAAAGGCACGGACUAAAAUAAAUAAUAAUAAUUGUUAUAGCACCUUAA